AUGAUUUUCAUAAAAAUUCUAACACUAUUGUUGAUAAUUAUUCUCGAACAAUCAAUUGGACAAGAUAUGCGAUCGGUUCGGAUGCGUAUCAUGAAGGAACAGCAGUUUCAAUGUGUUACAACAACUUGUUUACCAUACUUUAAUGGCAUUCAAUCAAAUCGUUUACAAUGUCAAAUUAAUUGUAUAUCACAAAGCCAAUGUAGAGCUGCUAGUUUUCAUCAUUUGAAUUCUACCUGUCAAUUGUUCAAUAGCGCAACAAAUGAGUACACUAAUUUGGAAACAGCGAUAGGAUCUGUUGCAAUGAUUGUCCAGCUGGAAACACAAGAUCAACUUCAACAUCAACCUCCAGCUCAACCUCUUCGACCACAUCAACAUCAACCUCCAGCUCAACCUCUUCGACCAUAUCAACAUCAACCUCCAGCUCAACCUCUUCGACCACAUCAACAUCAACCUCCAGCUCAACCUCUUCGACCACAUCAACGUCAACAUCUACGACAACGGCAAUGA